AGCCAUUAGAUCCCAUAAAUUUCUCACAGUGUCUAGGUUUUCCCUGGCACCGACUACCCUCGACUUCGAUAACAAAAUUAGACAAAAUUAUUGAUCCUAAUAAUAAUAAAGAUGUCCACCGUUGUCCACUUCUGCCGGGCCUGCCAAAAUGAAUACCGGCAGUUUCAGAAAAAUUUGUAUUUCAAGAAAGUGAUAACGGAAAUUGCUUGAACCGUCACAUCAUGUUUAAAUCGAAUCGCUUGUACCAUGAUGUGUUUGGUGAAUCAGUAUACAAUCUGCAGCCGGAACUCAAGCACCACAGGACUUCAGAACGAGACCGUUACGUAUCUAUUCAUGCUCCUGCCAUAGUUAGCGCAUUCAAGGAGACGUUGCUAGUCCCGCGCAGAAAAUCAUUCGGGGUUCCGCAGCUUUCAGCCAGAGAACCAGAAAAGUUUCUUCGAAGACAUGAGAAAUUACGACCAGUUAGAUUACCUGAACCCAGGGAAGCCAAGAUCUACCGGCAGCAGCAAGCACGGCAUCUAUCCGGCGUUUCGGCUAAAGUUCAGUGUCGUGACGGACAAACGCGGCCAACUGCAGUAUCCAACCAGAAAGUUCAGCAGCGAUUUCCUGUCAACUGGAGAGAAAAGAAUAAAUCCCGAGCUGCAACUUACCCAAACCCGGCAUACUUAAACCGUCUGCCAUAUCGCGUUAAUCGAUCAAACGGAGACAGGCGACGCAUGGAAAGUUCAGAUUUGGCACCGCAUUAUAGAUUGCGAAGGGGUUACGGUUCUCUCCCUCAUUACAUCCAACGAUAUCGGGAGAUGCAUAAAGAUCAGCAGCAAACCUCCAUUGCGAAGCAGAAAGCUUUCGAAUUAGAACUAAAUUCAAAAUCUCGCCAUGUUGCUAACGAUGAACAAUCUGAAGUUAUCAAAGGCUUGGAGGCACGCUUGAAACAUACUAUGCAGUUAUUUCAAGGCCUUUCAGUUGUGCUUGACAAUCAAACCAAACUACGCGAUAGACAACAUUUGGAGCGAGAAAUCAACGACUUGGAAAAACUGAUUGAAAGUCUGAAAUCUCAUAAAAUCGUUAUUGUCUCGCAUGAUGAUCCUGCUUGUUGCAACAGAAAUUCUUUAUAAUAACAGUUCUUUGUAUAGAAGCUGGUCGGCUUCAGGCAGAACCGACAUAAUUUCGUAUUCACUUGGAGUUCAAAUUAUUAUCGGUACGGACAACGUGUUAACUUUUGCUCGAGUUUUGUGCUUAUUUUUAUUUUCAUCGGCUUCUUUGUCGCAGUACGAUGUAGUAUGUAUCUUGUAUCUGUACACAGCUGUAGAAUGUCUGGCAUUCAGGUGGUGAGAAAAAGCUAUUAUGAAGACGAUUGACAAAAUCACUUUAACAUUUAGUUACUGUAUAUUUCGCUAGCGGUAAUAUUUACAUUCAAUAAACUGACCAUUUCCGAGCAAACAAAUAAAAGACAAAAACGAAUUUAAUGACGAUGAAAUUUAAAAAUUAACAACAUGCUUUGGACAGUUUCCACUCUCGUCGUCUGUCAUAAUCGCGAACAGGUUUCGGAAUGGCG